CCGAGAUGGAGACGCUGGCGUGGGCCGAGGCCCGAGUCUCGUUCGGCGAGGACGUCUUCGACGCAGACAAGCUCGUCAAGACGCGGAGCGACCGCGUCGUGUCCUUUGCGCCCACGGUCGACACGGCGUCGGAUGCGAGUCUCUCGCCGCGGACGCCGCACGGGACGCUGCUCUCGGCGUGGUCGUCGGUGAGCGACUCGAGCUUUGCGCUGCUGCUCCCGAGCUUGUCCGAGGUCGAGUCGGAGGACGCCCGUGGAACCAAGCUCGACAGAACCUACAAAGUGGAUGGCGCGACCAAAACGGACGACGAGAAGGACGACGACGACGACGACUGGGUGCCACGCCACGCCGAGGUCUGGCGCCGCAGCGCGUCUGAGCUUGCCGACUGCGUGGCCGCCGCCUUGGCGAGCAGCCAUAGUGGCACGGUGGUACCUGCCUCCUCGACUGAGAACCAGCUGGUCGUGAAGCGCAUCUUGAAGCCGGACCGCACGAUCCCACGGACAAAGCUGCGCUUUCUGCGCCGGCGGACGACGCGCGUUGCCUUCUCGACCGCGACCAUAUACGAGUUUCCGCGGACGCUGGGCGGCUGCACGGUGCCCACGCAGGCCGACGGCCCGUCGCUCGGCAUGGCCUAUCACCACACACACGUGCGCGUCGAGUACGUCUCGACGCGCGGCCCACGAGAUACCCUUGGCCCACUCCCCCUUUCCGACCGGUAUGGACUGCUCUGGGCGGCGGGCUGCGCCGCCGACGCCAUGGACGACGCGUGGGCCGAGACUGAGGCGCUUCACGCGCAUCGGAUGGCCGCGCUGCGAGAACUGGUCGCGGACGAGGACACGGCGCUGGAGAAGGCGUGGCGCAGGUGGACAGUGCGCCAGUGCAUGCUCGCCCACACAACCUCCCACAAGUGGCACAACCAAGUCCGCGUGACACUUCGUCGCCUCUUUCGCUCGGCGCCCUGGGCCCAACACUAACUCAUCACGCAGACCCUCAUCAAGGACAGAGCGCCUCAGUUCGCUUAUCAGAGACGACCUCGUACAUCGUCCCCAUGACCUUGAUCUACGGUCGCCGCUCGAACAGCAUCCUGGUGUCCUCAUGACAAGGAGUAAUCCUUGAUGCAUAAUUGCUAUCGACAAGUUCUUACUUGGAGCUGGUCCUAACGCAGUCCGUAGUGCUG